GGAAUUUGUAAACAAUGAAAUCAGUGCCUUAUUCAAAGAACAAAACCUAUUAAAGUAAUUUAUAUUAGAAGCAAAGAAAAUAAAAUGUACGUAUAAAAUGGGACAUUGUUUACCUCCAAUCCAUCCCGCCACAAAUUCGAUAAUCAUAACUGCUUUUGGAAUAUUAUGGUUCUAAAUACAUUAAUUUUUAUACGUGAAUUUUGAAAGGAAUAAUUUACUUUGCCAAUUUUUACACUUUCAAUGAAUUUGAAUGCUGAAUGUUUUUUGACAAGACUUAUUUGUUUGAACAAUGCUGUCACGAAAGAAUAAAGACCUUCGAACAAUCAAGGAAGGAGUUGUGGGCAAAUAUGUAAAGAAAGACACUCCACCAGAAAUACCCAUUAUUAACGUUUGGACAACUGAACCAAAGAAACGACUCUCAAACCAAAGUAGAUCGUCUUUACCUCUUCAAUUUCCUGUUACAAGAGCUUCAAACCAGCCAAGUAAUACAGUACAAAAGUUUGGAAAUCAAAAGACCACUAUCAGUGAUGUAGGCUUGGGGGCUCACGAGGGGAAAUAUACUCCCAGUGCUUCUGUUCCUGACUUGGCCACAAGAUUUGCAAACUGCAAAUCAGUGGGACAAUCCAGUGAAGGUGGUUCCCAAACUGUUUCAUCAAAUGGUAGCAGUACCCAACACAUUUACGCCAAUCAGCCUAUGAGUUCCUCUUACGUCGACAAUUCCGCUAGUAACGCCAACUAUGUCGAGAUCGACCAAAUCUACCCUCUUACAAAUCAAGACAGCCCCUCCUCGACCUACAAUCGCACGAAUUCGCCGAUCUAUCAGAACAAUUUGCCCAGGAACAAUCAAGAAACGACGCCCAUCUACAGCAACGCAAACAUAGAGAGAUUUAGAAACGACGAAUCUUUGGCCCAUCAUUUAAGAUAUAGUUUGGGGAGGGACGAAAAUUCGCAAGAACCUUCAGAAGAGUUGCCACUGCCACCUGGGUGGUCAGUGGACUACACCAUGCGAGGGCGUAAAUAUUACAUUGACCACAACACCAAAACGACCCAUUGGUCGCAUCCCUUGGAAAGGGAGGGUCUUCCCACAGGGUGGCAAUGUAUUCAAUCUCCACACUACGGUAUUUACUAUGUUAAUCACAUAACCAGACAAGCACAGUACCAACACCCCUGCCUGAUGCCAUGCUACAAUUACCAACCUGAAGUUAGGUACUUAAACCCUCCAAGACCCACACACUAUCAACCACACAGUGUUUUAGUACCUGCGAAUCCGUACUUGUUGGAGGAAAUACCGCAUUGGCUUAAUGUGUACUUCCAAACAAGUACUGAUUUGGACCACAAACUGAGGUGGGACAUGUUUCGUUUGUCUGAACUAGACUGCUAUAAUGCCAUGCUUACUAGAUUAUACAAACAAGAAUUGCAAAAUAUAGUUAUGAGAUAUGAAUCUUAUAGAUCUGCUUUGUUAGUUGAAAUGGAAAAUUUCCGAGCAAAUCGAAAUAAUCCCAGGGCUGUGACUGGAGAGUGAAAGUUCCUUAAUUU